GCGCCCCGCCCGGUGCCGCCAUAUUUUGGCCGCCGCCGCCACCACCGGAGCCGCCGCAGCAGCCGCCGCGAUGGAAAACAACUAUCGAAUGAAGAGCUACAAGAACAAAGCCCUAAAUCCCGAGGAGAUGCGCCGGAGGAGAGAAGAGGAAGGGAUUCAGCUGCGCAAACAGAAACGAGAGCAGCAGCUCUUCAAGAGGAGGAACGUGGAGCUGAUCAAUGAGGAUGACUCCAUGUUUGACAGUCUCCUGGUGGAUUCCUACGUUACUUCCACAACGUGUGGGGAGGGAUUGAUCACAGGAGAGAUGGUAGAGAUGCUUUUCUCAGAUGACCCUGACCUACAGCUAGCAACCACUCAGAAAUUCAGGAAAUUACUCUCCAAAGAGCCAAAUCCUCCAAUAGAUGAGGUGAUAAACACUCAGGGAGUGGUGGAGAGAUUCGUGGAAUUCCUGAAAAGAAGUGAAAAUUGCACAUUACAGUUUGAGGCUGCGUGGGCCCUGACGAACAUCGCCUCGGGGACUUCCCAACAGACCAAAAUUGUCAUCGAGGCUGGGGCAGUUCCCAUAUUUAUAGAGCUCUUAAACUCUGACUUUGAGGAUGUUCAGGAGCAGGCUGUCUGGGCGUUGGGGAACAUUGCUGGAGACAGCUCUGUGUGUAGAGAUUAUGUCCUUAACUGUGCCAUUCUUCCUCCCUUAUUAAUGCUCCUCACCACGUCCACCAGGCUGACAAUGACACGAAACGCUGUCUGGGCCUUGUCAAACCUGUGCAGAGGGAAGAGUCCUCCUCCUGAAUUCGACAAGGUGUCUCCCUGCCUGCCAGUGUUGUCCCGAUUGUUGUUCAACAGUGACUCUGACCUGCUGGCAGACGCGUGCUGGGCUCUGUCCUACCUGUCCGAUGGUCCCAACGAGAAGAUCCAGGCUGUGGUGGACUCAGGGGUGUGCAGGAGGCUGGUGGAGCUCUUGAUGCACAACGAUUACAAAGUGGCCUCUCCAGCUCUGCGAGCCGUUGGCAACAUCGUGACUGGCGACGACAUCCAGACCCAGGUGAUUCUAAACUGCUCGGCCCUGCCUUGCCUCCUGCAUUUAUUGAGCAGUCCCAAGGAAUCCAUCAGGAAAGAGGCGUGCUGGACCAUAUCCAACAUCACGGCGGGGAACCGAGCACAGAUCCAGGCAGUGAUAGAUGCCAACAUUUUCCCGGUGCUGAUCGAAAUCCUGCAGAAAGCGGAAUUCCGCACGAGGAAAGAGGCAGCCUGGGCCAUCACCAACGCCACGUCAGGAGGGACCCCCGAGCAGAUCAGGUACCUGGUGAAUUUGGGUUGUAUCAAACCUCUCUGUGACCUGCUGACUGUCAUGGACUCCAAGAUUGUUCUGGUGGCCUUGAACGGGCUGGAAAACAUCCUGAGGCUGGGAGAGCAGGAAGCCAACCAGAGUGGGACUGGCAUCAACCCCUACUGCAGCCUGAUCGAGGAGGCCUAUGGUUUGGAUAAGAUAGAAUUCCUCCAGAGCCACGAGAACCAGGAGAUCUACCAGAAAGCCUUCGAUCUGAUCGAGCACUACUUCGGCGUGGAGGACGACGCGGCCGUGGCUCCGCAGGUGGACGAGAACCAGCAGCAAUACAUCUUCCAGCAAUCCGAGGCUCCCAUGGAAGGAUUCCAGCUAUAAUCCCCGGGGGAAAGGAUAAAAAAAAAAAACAAACAAACAAAAACAAACCAACAAACCCAAAAAAACCCACCACAAACUUUCUGGAAAGGUUGGGAGAGCAGCUGCUGGUGGUGGCUGGGAAGGCUGGACACCCACUCCAACCGUUUUAGGAAAACUCUACAAAUACAAGCGGCGCUCGGCGCUGGCGGAGAGAAGGGCGAUUUCUGCUCCUUGUGUCUUUGGGCUGCUGCUCACGUUGUCUUUGGAGGCAGGAAGGACGUGGAGGUGACAGCUGGCACCUCUUGGUGGCUUCUUCUUUGUGGUGGUGUCUCCCCAAAGCAGUUUUUUUACCUCGGGUACUCCGGCCUUGGGUUGGGUGAGGACACGGAGAGGAGGGAGCUGUUCUGGCCACAGUAAUUCUGCAAAAAUGUGGGUUGAUCUAUUUAAUUUUUUCUUUUAUUUUCUUUUCUUUUUUCCCUUUUUUCUUUUUUUCUUUUUUUUUUUUUUGCACACGUUACUCUUUAGUAAAGACUCUUUAAUAUGCCAAGAGCAAAGUUUAGCCCUGGCCUUCCUCCUUCAGGUGCACAAUCCUGGUGAACCCAGGACCAGUUCCCUGAUGAAAAAUACUGAAAAUGGACAGAAAAAUGAGAAGUUCUCUCACUGCUGGGAAGUUGUUUUUGUUUCGUUUGGGGUUUUUUUGUUUGUUUGUUUUGGUUUUUUGUUUUGUUUUUUGGGGGGGUAUUUUUUGGUUUUUUUUCUGCUGCUUCCCUUUGUCUAGAUUUUUUUUUGUUUGUUUUCUUUUGAAGAACUGCUAGUGCUAUUUGCAAGGAUUAAAAACAAAACAAAAAAAGCAACAAGAGCCCAAAGAUGGGAACUGGGGUGGAUUUUUUUUUUGGAGCAGGAAGCACAGCUGCUGUUGCACAGGUUUGGUUUGCAUUGUACUGACUGAUCUCAGAGCUCUGAAAUGCUGAAACCCACCUUCAUCUUUACUUGAAAUACUUUAUUUUCCAUGAGAAACAUGAAUUCUGGGUUUUUUCCUGCCUUGGGGUGGUUUGAGGUGGUGGAGGAAGAUUUGACUCCACUUGCCAGCGGUGAUGGGAGCUCCAACAGCACCGGGUUUUCAGGUUCACCUCCUGCUCACAGUCGGAUAAAUGCACAUUUUACUUCCAAAAAUAAUGGCAAAUCUCUGUAUUUUUUAUAUUAUAGAUAGGGAGAUAUUUGUCUAAUUGGGCCACAGAGAAAGCUGUGUAUGAAAUUUCUGUGAUUCCUGUCAGUGAGCACUGUGAGACGGGCACACCUGGAAACCCCCGGGCUCGGGCGCGUCCCGCUGCUCCUCCUGCGGCUGAACGCGGAGCUCCCGGAGCCCCCUGGGCGCCUUUUGGAGUGACUUUGCCGCUAUUUCGGUAAAAACGGAGGAGCAAACACCCACUUCUGGGCUGCGGGGGAGGGCGCUGAGCCCUUGCUGUGGAACGAAUAAACUCCACCUGUGCAGGUGCCCGGCUCUGGUGUGCUCGGGGGGCUCGGUGACCUUGGGAGGGACCCCCGGUGCCCGGUAACGGCGGGGUCGCGCGGGGCAUGCUGGGAGUUGUAGUCCUCACGGCGGCCAUCGUGGGAGAUGUAGGCCGCUGUUCCUUCCCUUCCUCCUCUUCCUCCUCCUCUGCUUGUCCCCGCUUCCAGGGGAGCAGGGCGGGAGUGGUUGUCCCCAGGGCAGCCAUGCGCCAGGCAGGCCGGGAGUUGUAGACCACAGUUUCUCUUCUUCCCCCACCCCGGGGCAUGGCGGUAGUUGUAGGACACAGUUUCCUUCCAGGCCUACAGAGCAGGCCGGGAGCUGUAGUUUCCAU